UUAUUUUCCUCCACCAAUUCUUCUGUGAAAAAGUCUAUCCCUGCAAGGCCAAGAAAAAACUUUGCAGAUUUCUUCAACUUUCACAGAAUAAAGUAAACCUCUCUCAGUCUUCACUCCGAACCCAAUUUUCUGAUCAGGACUGUCCCUUUGGUUGCUUCAUUUCAUUUCUCAAAUUUCCUUCUCUCCCCCGAGUGAAUCAUGUCAGUAAUUGGAGAGGCUGCUCUAUCAGCUUUCUUUGAGGUGCUGUUUGACAAGUUAAGCUCCUCUGAUUUGUUGAAGAUCUUUCAGCAAGAGCAAGUUCAUGCUGACCUCAAGAAGUGGAAGACAACGUUGCCGAAAAUCCGUGCAGUUCUGGAUGAUGCAGAGGAUAAGCAGAUGACAAGCAAGUUCGUGAAGAGCUGGCUGGAUGACCUUGAAGACUUGGCUUAUGAUGUGGACGACAUCCUGGACGAGUUUGCUACUGAAGCUUUGCGACGUAAGUUGAAUGCAGAAGAUCCCAGCACAAGUAAGGUACGAAAGUUCAUCCCUGCUUGUUGUGUGGGUUUGAAUCCAAGUUCUAUCAUGUUUGAUGCCAAUAUGCGGUCCAAGAUUAAAGAAAUCAAUUCAAGGUUGCAAGAAAUUGUGACGCAGAAGAAUGAUCUGGAAUUGAGGGAAAAUACAGGCCUGGGAAGGACUGGAGCAACAAGACCAAGGGUGCCCACGACUUCUUUGGUGAAUGAAGGUCAUACUCAUGGCAGAGAAGAAGAUAAAAAGGCUAUUGUCAAGUUGUUGUUGAGUGGUGAAUCGAGUAAUGCUCAACUUUCUGUGAUUCCCAUACUUGGUAUGGGGGGAUUGGGUAAAACAACUCUUGCCCAACUAGUUUACAAUGAUGAUGAGGUGAGCAAUUAUUUUGAUGUGAAAGCAUGGGGUUGUGUUUCGGAAGAUUUUGAUAUUGUAAAGGUGACAAGAGAAAUUCUACAAUCUGUCACUUUUGAAUCCUGCAACGAUAAUAAUUUAGAUUUACUACAACGCAAAUUGAAGGACAAAUUAUCAAACCAAAAGUUCUUGCUCGUUUUGGAUGAUGUAUGGAAUGAAAACUAUAAUGAUUGGACUAGACUACGUUGUCCGUUUGAAUUUGGGGCUCCAGGGAGUAAGAUUAUCAUCACAACUCGGAAUGAUCGUGUUUCAUCAAUAAUGGGCACUACUCAAGCUUACAAGUUGAACAAGUUGUCAGAUGAUGCUUGCUUGAUUGUAUUUAUCCAAAACACAUUGGGGACAACAGAUUUUAGUGCAAAUCCAGAACUUCAAGAAUUUGGUCCAAAAAUUUUGGAAAGGUGUCAAGGAUUGCCUUUGGCAGCAAAAGCUCUUGGAGGCCUAUUACGUACUAUACAUUGUGAUGAGUGGAAAAAUGUGCUCAAUAACAAGAUAUGGGAUAUGUCAGAAGAAAAUAGUGAUGUUCUACCAACCCUUAGAUUGAGCUAUCUAUAUCUCCCUUCACAUUUAAAGAGAUGUUUUGCCUAUUGUUCACUAUUCCCAAAAGAUUAUGAAUUUGAGGAACAAGAACUAGUCUUGUUAUGGAUGGCGGAAGGUUUGGUUCAAGAAUCAGAAAAGAAUAAGCCGAUGGAAGAUCUUGGUGUUGAGUAUUUUCGUGAUUUAUAUAAGCGAUCACUUUUUCAACAAUCAAGUAGGAAUAAAUCACUCUUUGUCAUGCACGACUUAAUCAAUGAUUUAGCUCAAUGGGCAGCGGGACAGUUGUGCUAUUGGUUGGAAGAUAAAUCAGGUGGCAAGAUUUCUACAAAGGUACGUCAUUUCUCCUACGCUCAUUGUGAAUAUGAUGGCAUCACAAAAUUUAAAGGCUUGACAAAAGAUAUGCAUUUGCGGACCUUCCUACCGCUACCAACAAAUGACAGGAGCUGGUUAACAAAUUAUGUUUUUAGUUGUCUAUUGCCACAGUUUAGAUGUUUAAGGGUAUUAUCUUUUUAUGGAUAUCAAAUUUUUGAGUUACCAAGUUCAAUCGGUGAUUUGAAACAUCUAAGAUACCUCAACCUUUCUAAAACUUUAAUUAGAAGUUUGCCAGAAUCAACAAGUUCUUUAUACAAUUUGCAAACAUUGAUAUUGAAAUAUUGUGGCUGUCUCACAAAGUUACUGGAGAAAAUUGGGAAUCUAAUCAAUCUUCGGCAUCUUGAUUUUGAAGGGGCCUCUUUAAUCAAAGAGAUGCCAAUGGGAAUAAAAGAAUUAAAAAAUCUACAAACAUUGUCUAAUUUUGUUGUGGGGAAAGAUACUGCAUCAAAGAUAGGGGACUUGAUGAACUUGGAGUCUCUUAAGGGAACUCUUUGCAUUUCACACUUGGAGAACGUGCUUGAUGUCGAGGAUGCAAGAAGGGCCAACUUACUUGGUAAGAAGAAUUUAAAUGUAUUAGUGAUGAAAUGGGAGUCCGAGCUUGAUCAAAGAGCCAGUCUAGAUAUUCUUGACAUGCUACAACCUUCAACAACGGUGAAAAAAAUUUCAAUUGAUGGCUAUGUUGGUGCAAAAUUCCCAACUUGGUUUGGACAUCCAUCAUUUUCUAAUAUGGUGCUCCUAAGGAUUGAGAGGUGCAAAAAAUGUACAUCUUUACCUGCAAUUGGACAAUUACCAUUGUUGAGAGACCUUGUCCUUGUAGGAUUGUCUGCAGUGCAAACCGUUGGUCUUGAGUUUUAUGGGAAAGAUUGCCCAAAACCUUUUCCAUGCUUAGAGUCACUUUGCUUUAAGGAUAUGCAAGAAUGGAAAGAUUGGAUUCCAUGCAAAGUUGAAUUUGAAGAAUUCCCUCGGUUGCGUGAGCUUUCUAUUUCUAAAUGCCCUAAAUUGCAAGGAAAAUUGCCUCACCAUGUUCCAUUAUUGGAAAAAAUUUCUAUUAAUGGAUGUGAGCAAUUGUACGUUUCAAUUCCAAACUUCCCAAAGCUUCAUGCAUUAGAAAUUAAGGGAUGUAAAGGGGUGGUGAGUAGAAGUACAGAUGAGUUAUGCUUUCCAAAGUCAACUAUUCUUUCUAUUCCAUAUGUGAAAAGCUUGACGGAGGAGUUCAUGCAUGGGUUAACUAAGGUAGAAAAUCUAGAGAUAGAUAAUUGGAAGGAGCUAACAUCUUUGUGGCAGGAUGAAUUCAAAUCCCUUAUAACGCUGGAUAUAAGAGAUUGCUCAAGCCUUGUCAACAUCAGCUUGACAUCUACUUUAAGGACACUAAAUAUUAAUGGUUGUAGUGGUUUGAAAUCCUUGUCAAUCUCUAAUUGUACAUGUUUGGAAAAGGCACGCAUUGAGAGAUGUAAUUCUUUGACGUUGAUUUCAAGAGGUCAGUUGCCUCAAAAUUUGAAAACGCUAGAUAUUUGUGAAUGUGAGAAUUUGCAAUUUUUGGCAAACGAGGGAGAGGCUUCUUCUAAUUCUUCUUCUCUUCUUGAGAACUUGUAUAUUUGGCACUGUCCAUCUCUAAAAUGCUUAUCAUCAAGUGGCGACCUACCUACCACGCUUAAACGCCUUCAGAUUUGGUCAUGCAUAGAGCUCACAUCCUUAUCAUCAAAAAACGAGUUACCUACAGCUCUUAAAUACCUUUCUGUAUGGGACUGUCCAAAGAUGGAGUCAAUAGCGAACAACUUACCCAACAAUGCGUCUCUUGAAUAUCUUGAAAUCAGAAGUUGUGCAAAGUUGAAAUCCUUACCGGAUGGAGGGUUACUCCCUACCAGCUUGAGAGAGCUUUCGAUCCACUACUGUGAGAAACUGGAGGCCUGGCCCAACUGCACGCUGAACCUCAAUUCUCUUCAUAUCAUUGAUUGUCCAAGCGUCAUAUACUUUCCAGAAGAGGGUUACCCCACCAGUCUAACAUCACUCUCAUUUCGCGGGGAGAAUAUCUGUAAGCAAGUAACUGUGUGGGGAUUGCACAGACUAACAUCUCUUACAUCACUCUGUAUUUAUGGUGGAAUUCCAGAUUGGCAGUCGUUUCCAGAUGAGCAAGAUGGGAAGCUGACGAUGACGCUUCCUUCCUCUCUUACCCAGCUAACGAUUUGGAGCAUUCCAAAUAUUGUAAUUCUAUCUUCUUUGGGCUUUCAAAAUCUCUCUGCUCUUGAACAAUUGUACAUCGGAAAUUGCCCUAAACUCGCAUCCCUCCCAGAGAAGGGCCUACCUCCCUCGCUUCUGCUUCUUUAUAUUAACGAGUGUCGAUUGCUGAAACAACACUGCAAGAAAUGCGGGCAAGAGUGGUCCAAGAUAGCCAACGUCCCUUGCAUUCUGAUUGAUGAUAGGUCUGUCUAUGAGGUGGAGGAGGAGCAGCAAUAAAAAAAUUGUAAAAGAAAGAGCAAUAUUUACUCAUAAUAGUUACUCCUUCCUUCCAGUGUUGCAGCAGAGACUAGCUUCUGAACCGCUAAACGUUAUAUUGGAAUUUCAAAACAUGGAGGUUAUCAGUAAAUGUGCAGAGAAUGGCAGGAUGCCCUUUUAGUACUAUGCUUGUGCAGAAUGUCGUUUUAAACAUUUGUCGUGCCUUGCAUAGAUUGAUCAAAGCAUUGUCACCUAUGCUGCAAAUGGCAGAGACUAGCUUUGGAAUUGACAAACCUUCUAUUGGAAUUUCAAAACGUGGAGGCUACAUAUUGUGUUCUGCGACAUGAUGAUCAGCAGAUGUGCACAAAAUGUCAUUUCAAAACAAAUAUUGUGCCUUGCAUAGAUUGAUCAAAGCAUUGUCACCUGCGCUGCAGAUGGCAGAAAUAUGUCCUAAAGUGCUCCCCUGGGAGGUCAUUUUACGGUACUAGUUGGCUCCUAUUUGGAUGGAGAGAUGCUCUUUGGAUACUGAUCUUUCUUAUUCUAUUAUUGUUG